AUGACUCGUGUCAUUGACAGAGCCACCAGCCUUGUGACAACCAAUGAAGACCUCAUCCGGUCCGUCGAGGGUAUGGAAUGCAUAAUGCUCGAGGCUGUAUACCAGAACUACGCUGGAAAUCUCCAUCGUGCAUGGAUGGCAAUGCACCGAGCAAUAACCGUUGCCCAAAUGAUGAAUCUCCAGCGUGGUCUUGUCUCGCCGUCCCUGAAAUUCCUUGAGCCCGAAACUCGAAUGGCAUUCAACCCUGCUCAAACUUAUUUCAAGUUGAUUCAAAUGGAUCGCUAUCUGUCAAUUAUGCUGGGCUUGCCACACACCUCACUGGAAGACCGGUUAUCUACCCCCCAGUCAUUGGAAGAUCGCAGCCCAACUGAACGAAUGCAACGCAUCCACUGCGCCGUUGCGGGUCGUAUCAUUGAGCGAACUAAUGGUGGAAUCAACAGCUCUAUCAAUGUGCAAGAGGACGAUAUGCGGUUACGCAAAGCUGCAGAUGAGAUGGAACCUAAAUGGUGGCUGGUUCCAAACUUCAGACCCUGCAAGGACGACGACUCAAAACUUCUUCGGGAUACACUUCGUAUAAUGGAUCAGCUUACACACUAUCACAUGCUUAUACGACUGCACCUACCCUACAUAUUUUCCUCGUCCGAUGAAUGGGCCAAUCAUAGUAAGAUGAUUGCCAUCAAUGCCAGCCGCGAAAUACUGUCCCGUUACAUUGCAUUCCGUGCCUCGAAUCCGGCACACUUUUACUGUCGUGGCUGUGAUUUUCUUGCAUUUAUUGCCAUUUGCAUACUUUGCAUUGCUCACAUCAACUCUCGAAGCCAGUCUCGAGGGAGUGAGAGCUCGGACGCACACGCUGGGUUUGAAUGCCUGGUUCACAGUCGUCCAAGUGACCGUGGUUCCAUGGAGUGUGCCUUGGAAAUCAUCGAGUCUAUGGCCCGGGAUGAAAUUGAUUUGAUUGCCUACAAACUCACGCGAAUUAUUCAUCAUCUUCUCACAAUCGAAGCCAACGCUGCCAGGGGUGAGGUGUAUAGCACAAGCCCUAAGGGAGAUGACGGGGGGCUUGAGUAUGAUGGCAGAUUGACCGACAACGGCAAGAUCUUACAAGUCCACAUUCCAUAUUUUGGCGCCAUUACGUUUGAACGAGGUGUGAUUUCAAAGGCUGUCAAGACAUUGGGUCAGCACGAUCUCAAACCUUCAACCAUGCCUUUUUCGAAUGUAUUCAGCCCCAGUCAGCCGAGCGAAGAUUACCAGCAGCCGCCAUUUGGAUACGAUGUUAUGUCCAUGAUGGGUUAUCCAUAUUCGGGCACUAGACUGUCGAGCGCUCACCAAGUCGCUCCACCAGGGUCUCAACAUAGGUCUGAUGAGCAAAAUGCGGAAUUCUUUGAUUCCAUGGAAUUUCUACGCGAUCAAAGUGAUCUACAAGGUAUUGAUGCAGCCUUUUUUGACGGAUUGUUCUGUGGAUCUGAAACAGGGGGGAACAUAGAGGACCCUUAA